AUGGAGGCGCCUUCGAUUUCCUUGACCCGUGUGUUUCGGGAUGACUCAUCGCGUGGGACAACGGCAACAAUUCCUUCUUAGCGUCUCAAAAAAACUCCCCUGGCUCUGUCCCCGACUAAAUUUUUGGCGUUUCGCGAGAAUCCAAAAGAGAAUAGGUUCGUUUUUUUCAUGUCUUUUGGAUUAUAUGUUCCUUCAAUCAUAUCAUACCUUUUAAUUUGAUAUUGAGUCCUCAUGAAGUAUUCAGAAAAAAAUUUUAAAAAAACUUCCAAGAAAAUAAAAAAAAAAGAUCAAGAUGCGUUUGUAAUUAUUAGGGUCAAGGUCGAUCCGCAACAAGAUAAUCUUUUUCAGUUAUUUCUGCUCAUCUUUUAUUUCUGAUUUUUAACUUCAAUAAUCGUUCCUAAAAGUUCUUAUUCAGAAUGACCGCUUAUGGACACCUUCCGGGCGAAGUCAUCGAAUGUCUGAGCAUCGCCGUCGAACUUCGGAAGAAAGAGGUUUUUUUCUUAACGCAUAUGUUAAAUAAAAUUUUUCCAAUAGGUUGUGGACGCUUAUGGAAACGUCUCCCUCCGAGUCGGCUUCCGGCUUGGCGGCGGAAUCGACCAAGAUCCUCAAAAGGCGCCUUUCAAGUAUCCAGAUUCGGUUUGUCAUUUUCUUUUUUUUUGACAAAUAAUUUUUGUAUGAUUCCAGGGGAUUUACAUCACGAGCGUCGAGGAAGGGUCUCCAGCAGACGAAGCUGGGCUCAAACAACACGAUAAGAUCCUCCAGGUAUUGAAAGAGAACAGAAGUGGCCGGCCACUUGUAGGAACAGCUGAGAGUAUUAUUGUGAGAGUGAAAUUAGGUUUCAUUAUCGAAUACUCAAGAAAGAAAUGGGGUAUCCUUUAUUUAAAACACUCUAAAAAAUUUAAAUUACUAAUUUAUGGACUUAGUGGUACACAAGACGCUUAAGUGAUCACCUAACGCUAACUACUCAGUUGAUAACAUUUAAGUGGCCCCUUAGAAUUCCGAAUACAGCAUUGUUACAAAAUCCUUCAUUUAGGUGAACGGCGCCGACUUCACAAUGAUGACUCAUGAAAGAGCCGUCAAAUUCGUGAAACAAUCGAACGUGCUGCACAUUCUCGUCGCCCGAGCCGAUUUGCCGCCUGUCAGCCUCCACUGAUUAUCAACUCUCACACUGAAAUACGGGCUUUGAGCAUGACUAAUGAACAUUUAUACUCCUGAGGUGUUGUACAAAGUCAAGAAAGUAAAGCAAAGUGCUUUUUCGAAGGGAGAAAAUUGCUUCCGUUUCAAUGAAUUUCCAUCGCGCCUGGAAACAUUUCCUCUCCUUGGGCGAGUCGAUGAACUUUUUCUUGUUUUUGGACACUAUUUUUGAAAUCGCCGCUGAAGUUCCUAACCCGGCUGGUAAGUUAUGGUGAGAAAGAAAAAAUAAUUAUCAGUUUUGACAACUUUGAUUAAUAUUUGAAAAAAUAAAAUCAGCUUACAAAUCAACUUUUUUUUCAAUCGAUUGUUGCACCCUCAAAACUCUUUUUUUGAUUAAGCUUCAGAUUACCCACAAUCAAUCGGGCUGAGAUGUGGACUAUCUCAAUUCGAUUGUCAACCUCAGGCUCCGGCGCCCCUUUGUAUCCCUUUCACGGCAGUACGCGACUGUGUUUUCGACUGUCCCAACAUGAGUGACGAAUGUGGGGCUUUUGAAUAUCUACAUCGUUCCAAAAAGAUUGACAUGCUAGUUCAGCCUAUUCACAACUGCUUGCUGGUGUUUUCAAAAGAACAAGUUUGGUUUCACAAAAAAGCCAUUUUAUGGGUUAAUUUAAGCUAAAAAUCCUUCAAAAUUCGGCUUUUGAAAACUCUGCCACUUUCUAUGAAUUAAUUAUAACCAAUUUGUGUAGAAAAAUUUACUUUUUGUAAACGGUUUUAAAAAGAAUUAACAUGACCUCUACAAUUUUAGGGUGUGGAAAAGGGAAAAUUCUUUGCGACCUGGGAGUUUCGCUGUUCAAGUGCGGCCAAUGUGUGGAGCCUGAUCUAGAAGCUUCUUUAUGUGUUGACCGGAAAUGUGAAUUUUCCCCGAAGCCUAUGAGUUCGAAAACCUAAAACUUCAGGGCAACACUUGUGCGAUUCAGAAAACACAGUCCCAUGCGUUAAAACUUCGAAUUGCGUUUUUCAAGAAUGGAUUUUGGAUGGGAAAGACGAUUGUGGAGAUGGAAGUGAUGAAGGUUAUCAAAACAUAAACAACCAUUUUCGAACAAGCUGAACUGAUUUUAAGACCCUUGUAAAAGCAAAAUGUUGAGUUGCUACAACUCUACGACCAGAAAACCACCGACUACCCCAAUAAGUACAACUCGGAAGCCAUUUGUCAGUAAGUUUUAUCAUCAUUCUUGAUUGUAAACGUCGAAUUUCGCGUUUUAGGAAAGGACAAAUGCGAAGAUAACGAGUUCCACUGUCAAAGCGGAGAGUGUAUAGAGAAGGAGAGAGUUUUGGACGGAAGUUUGGACUGUGUCGAUUCUUCCGAUGAAAGUAAAAGCUUUGUAUUUUCUAUUCAUCAUUGAAUUCCAGAAUAUUGCAAAGACCACGGACUUUGUCCUGAAUCUAGGCCUUGUGCCUUCCAUGAAGAUAUCGCAGCUUUUGGAUGCGGCUGUCCACGAGGACAAACUCCGGACAAACGAGGAAUAUGUCGAUGA